AUGUCUGUGGGCCGUCGCGUAUGCGCCGCGUUGCAAAAAAAAAAAAAAAGAUUUGCCGCGACAUCGACGCGGAGGUGGAGCUGGAGCCUCGGGGAAUCGGCUGUUUGCCCCUUUAUUGACGCGUUACCACUGCACCUGUGCCAACGAGCCAAGCAUGAGACGGAGCGGGACUUGAACUUUGUGCUGCUGUCAUCAUGCAACCAGCCUCAUACCUCCGACGAAGUGUUGCGUUGCUGUUGCGCAGCCAUGUUUUCGGCAGCGUGCUUAAUCAAACACAUCGCGGUUACAAUCCCGUCUGCCGCGGUUGCAGCGACUGUGGGGCGAACAUUUGCAACGGCACAGGCGGCCUCGCUACACACUCUUCAUUUCACGUUGCAUGAUGUGGCGUUCCUGCGGGAUGACUCCGCCCUCGCCGCCUUGCUGCAAGCUGCUAGCACUGCCUCAUCCCACCGUAAGUCUUUCCGCGUCACAAUCGUGGCGUGUGAGCUGCAGCACAGAUUACACUGGAACCAGCAGGCUGUCAGGGCCAUUGCUGCCAAUAUUCAUUCUUUGGCACUGCAAGUAUUAUCGUUGGAGCAUGUAGACCUGCAGGGGGUGAAUGAAGAAGAUAUGAUGCCACUCUGCGAGGCCAUAUAUCCCGUUGCCGUUCGCUGA